GGCUCCGGGAGACUCCGGCUCCGGGAGACUCCAGCCGCGGCUCCGGGAGACUCCGGCUCCGAGAGACUCCAGCCGCGGCUCCGGCUCGGGCCCGGCCCCGCUCGGGGAUGGCGGCGGCCCGGCGGGCGCGGGCGGGCGCUGGCGGCGCGGGGCCGGGGUUCGGGCGGGCGGCCGAGCCGGCGCCGGCGGUGCCGCAGGGGUUGCUGCGGUUGGCGCGGCGCAGCGGGCAGCUCAACCUGGCGGGACGCGGCCUCACCCACGUGCCCGAGCACGUGUGGAGGAUCAACCUGGACACACCAGAGGAAGCCCAGCAGAACCUGUCCUUCGGAGCUGCCGACCGCUGGUGGGAGCAGACGGACCUGACCAAGCUGAUCCUGGCCUCCAACAAGCUGCAGAGCCUCUCGGAGGAUGUGCAGCUGCUGCCUGCCCUCACCAUGCUGGAUGUGCAUGACAAUCAAUUGACAUCACUUCCUUCUGCUUUAGGGCAACUUGAAAAUCUCCAGAAACUCGAUGUCAGCCACAACAAACUGAGGAGCCUUCCCGAGGAGCUGCUGCAGCUGCCCCGUCUGAGGAGCCUCCUGGUGCAGCACAACGAGCUGAGCCAGCUGCCCGAGGGGCUGGGGCAGCUCCUCACCUUGGAGGAGCUGGAUGUGUCCAACAACCAGCUCACAGCCAUCCCCACCAGUUUUGCUCUGCUGGUGAAUUUGGUGCGGCUCAAUCUGGCCUGUAACCAGCUCAAGGAGCUGCCUGCAGAUCUCAGUGCCAUGAAAAGCUUGAGGCAACUGGAUUGUACCAAAAAUUACCUGGAAACGGUACCUCCUAAAUUAGCAACCAUGGCAUCCCUGGAGCAGCUGUACCUGAGGAAAAACAAACUGCGUUCCUUGCCAGAGUUUCCCUCCUGCAGGUUACUGAAGGAAUUACACGCUGGGGAGAAUCAGAUUGAAAUCCUGAAUGCAGAGAACCUGAAACAGCUGAGCUCCCUGUGCGUGCUGGAGCUCAGGGACAACAAGAUCAAGGCAGUGCCCGAGGAGAUCACGGUGCUUCAGAAGCUGGAGAGACUCGACCUGGCCAACAAUGACAUCAGUAGGUUGCCUUACACCCUGGGGAACCUCCCUCAGCUGAAAUUCCUGGCACUGGAGGGAAAUCCUUUGAGAACCAUUCGGAGAGACCUGCUGCAAAAAGGCACCCAGGAACUGCUGAAAUACCUGAGAAGCAAAAUCCAAGAUGAUGCUCCUGGCCCCAAUGAAGAGCCUCCUGUGACAGCCAUGACUCUUCCCAGCCAGUCCAAGGUCAACAUCCACGCCAUAACCACACUGAAAUUGCUGGAAUACAGUGACAAGCAGGCCGCAGAGAUCCCCGAGGCCGUGUUCGACGCCGUGGGCGCCAAUCCAGUGGCCACCGUGAACUUCAGCAAGAACCAGCUCAGGGAGAUCCCCCCAAGGCUGGUGGAGCUGAAAGACUCCGUUUGUGAUGUCAGCCUGGGCUUCAACAAAAUCUCCUCCAUUUCCUCAGAGCUGUGCCUGCUCCAGAAAUUAACACAUUUGGAUCUCAGAAACAAUGUUCUGACAGCCUUGCCUGAGGAAAUGGAGGCACUGAAAAGACUGCACACAAUAAAUCUUGCUUUUAAUAGGUUUAAGGUGUUUCCCAGUGUCCUGUAUCACCUCCCAGCCCUGGAGACCAUCCUGCUCAGCAACAACCAGGUGGGAUCCAUCGACCCCCUGCAGCUGAAGGCCAUGGACAAGCUGGGAACGCUGGACCUGCAGAACAAUGACCUCCUCCAGGUGCCCCCAGAGCUGGGCAACUGUGAGAACCUCAGGAGCCUGCUGCUGGAAGGGAACCCGUUCCGCACGCCCCGCGCCGCCGUGCUGGCCAAGGGCACGGCUGCCGUGCUGGAGUACCUGCGGAGCCGUAUUCCCACCUGAGCCCUGACCCUGGGCAUUGUUCCUGGGCCUGGGCACUGCUCCUGGGCCUAGGAACCCCUCCUGGGCAUGGGAACCCCUCCUGGGCAUGGGCACCCUUCCUGGGCCUGGGCAUUCCCUCCUGAGCCUGGGCAUUCCCUCCUGAGCUUGGCCGUUCCCACCUGAGCCCUGAGCCUGGCCUGGCAUUCCCUCCUGAGCCUGGCCUGGCCAAGGGCAGGGCUGCACUGCUGGAGCACCUGCAGAGCCACAUUCCAGCCCCACAGGAGCAGGCUGGUCCCCCCUGUCCCACCAGCAGCCCUGGGCUCCACUGCCCCCAUCCUUCUGCUCCUGGCUGGGAGUCUGCCCGGCCACGAGCCUUUGUUGCAGUGUUAAAAACCCAGGUGUGGAACAUGCCCUGCCCUCUGCAUGUUCCAGCAGGGAUUUCAGCAUCCCACCCUGUGUUUGCAAUAAAGGAGAGGAGGGAAAGCUGCCUUCAGCACAGCCACAGUGCUUCCUGCAGCUGAGCUGGGCUCUGGAGAGACUCAUCACCAUCAGAGCCUUGGGGCCAAAGGCAGAAGGGAGCACUGUGGGUUUUGUAUUCCUUUUUUAUCUUGUGUCACUGCUGUCCCCAGAAGUGCCCUGGUGUGAGUGAGGUGGAGUGCUUGAGCUGUGAGGGGGUGAGAGGUGCCCCAGGUGUGUGCAGGGCUCACCUGGGUCAGAGGGGCUGCUGCUGCAUGGAGACAAUAAAAUGUUCCCUUGGACAUCUGCUUUGGGUCCUUGAGCUGGAAUUGAGCUUUGUAGACAGGAGCACUGGGAACUUCUCUUCUUCAAACACCCUUCCAGUGGCCUGCAGGUGCUGCCUUAAACCGUGACAGUGCUGCCCUGUGGGCUCCACCACCUUCCAGAGCCUGGCCCCCCUUUCCAUGGGGAAAUUCCUGCUGCUGCCCACCCUGAGCCUCCCCUGCCCAGCCUGAGGCCGUUCCCUCUCCUCCUGUCCCUGUUCCUGGGAGCAGAUCCCAAAUCCCCCCGGCUGUCCCCUCCUGCCAGGGACUUGUGCAGAGCCAGAAAUUCCCCCUGAGCCUCCUUUGCUCCAGGCUGAGCUUUCCCAGCUCCCUCAGGGAUUCUCCAGCCCCUUCCCAGCUCCCUCAGGGAUUCUCCAGCCCCUUCCCAGCUCCCUCAGGGAUUCUCCAGCCCCUUCCCAGCUCCCUCAGGGAUUCUCCAGCCCUUUCCCAGCUCCCUCAGGGAUUCUCCAGCCCCUUCCCAGCUCCAUUCCCUGCCCUGGACACGCUCCAGCCCCUCAGGGUCUCUCAUGGGCACAGCUCUGGAGGUUCUGUAGCACAGCAGGAUUUUAUACAGGUCCACACUAAAGCUCUGAGGUUUUGAAUGUAUCCAGAUAAACAUGAAACACUCUGAGCUCACCUCAGCUCUCCAGGUGUGGGAAUUUCCUCCCAGCUGGAGCAGGGGUGGCUCAGGGGGUUCCAUCUCCCCCUGGUCCCCAAGGAGGGAGCAGGAGCUGGUCCUGGCUGCAGGGAAGUGGGAGGCACUGACCUGUCUGGGAAAGGGGUCUGGGGGAGUGGGAAUGGGAAGGGUGGGAUCUGUCCUGUGGGAAAUAGGUGGCAGUGCCAGUGUGCAGUGCCAGCAGGGGACACUGGAGCUCCAGGGACACUUCUGCAGCUCCUUGAUGCUGGAAUGCUGUUUCCCUCACCCCCUGCCCCCUUUUGUUUCUGUACAUUUUGUCCUUCAUGCAUUUGUCCUUUCAUGCAUUUGUCAUUUCAUCCAUUUGUCCUUUCAUCCAUUCCUUCCACACAUUUUGUCCUUUCAUCCAUUCCUUCCACACAUUUUGUCCUUUCAUCCAUUCCUUUCAUGCAUUUAUCCUUCCAUACAUUUGCAUUUCCAUACAUUUAUCCUUCCAUACAUUUUGUCCUUCCACUGUCCUCUCAUCCAUUUCUCCCAUCCAUUUCUCCUUCCAUGCAUUUGCCCCAAAAGUUACCAAACCUGAGUUUUCUUCCCCAUUUCCAUUGCUCCCUUUCCAUAUUUGAUGUCUCCCAGUGGCUGCAGCUGGACCAGGGGAGCCCCAGCUGGGAAUUCUCCAAUUUUCCAGGCUCAUUCCCAGCACUUCCCCACCCUCUGAAACCUCCUUUCUGCCAGAAAAAAAGAACAAAAAAAAAACCAAACCACCCGACAGCCUUACAAUAAGGUGACGUUUUUAUUAUUUAUACAAUAAAGAGACUUUUUAAUGUUAUUCAAAA